AUAUAAAAUCCACAUCAGCGAAGGACAGAGAGGGAGGGAAGAAUGAGAAUGAGCUCUAUGUGACGAACUGUGCAUUAAGACCGAGGCUGUGUCGUAUUGGAAGUAAUCAAGCUCAAAACUUUAGUCAUGUCAGCUACUUGUUGAUUUUAAGUUUCUCACUGUAGCCUACAACUCUGAUAAUCUUCAGAAAAAUAACAAAUCUGCAGCAGAAAGCUUUUUGAAAGCCAUCACCAUGGCUGAUUUAAGUAUUGAUCAGGACAAUCUACCCGGAGUAAAAGAAGUGUGCCGGGACUUUGCCGUGCUGGAGGACCACUGCCUGGCCUACAGCCUCCAGGAGCAGGAAAUUGAGAGUCACUUGGCCUCCAAUGUCCACAAGAGCCGUCUGAUCCAGACAGACCUGAGGGUGGCCAAGCGUAUACAGGAGGAGGAGGAUGUCCAGGCCAAGGCCCUCACCCAGAGGCAUCAAAGAGCCAUAGAGCAGAGUGAUGUUGAGAUCGCCCACGGGAUUCAGGACCAGCUGGUCAGACAGGCCAUGCAACAGCGACAGCAGGAAGAGAAAGAUGCAGAAAUCGCUCGCAAGCUGCAGAAGCAGAUGAUAAAGGAGGAGAAGAAGAUGAGUAAGAAAAUUAAGAAGCUGCAGGGGUCCACUUCUGUGGAGCCAUACGCAUUCUCAUCUCCCUCCGGCUCCCCCCGGGGAUCAAGACACUGCUCCCCCGAGCCCAGCCGGAGCGGAUAUCCGGAGAGAACAGGGCGGGGGGGUCAGGGCAGGGCCGGGAGUCCGAUGGAGCCACACCUCUCGCGCUCUGCGUUUUACGCGGACGGCGAGCGGCUGAGGGGGGCGGCACCCAAGAAAGAGAAACCAGCCAGACCACCCCCACCCCAGUGCCAGGACAGGGAGGGGGAGGGAGGGAGGUGGGUAGGGACAGGCCAGCGGGACGUGGCCCGUGGUUCGAGCGUAGCCUGGCUGGAAGAGGAGAAGGCGGAGCUAGAGGACGUGCGGGGCAGCGAGGGACUGGUGUCAGGGUUCGAGGAGUCAAGUCGAGGGGGAAGGGGUACAAGAGAACCCCAGGACCCAUGGGAUCUCCAGGAGCUGGUCUCCAAAAGCUCUUCCCUCCUGAGGGAGGACAGAUGCCCGUCCCAGCCCCCUGGGGAGCCAGACUGGAUGGCAGGAAGCGACUACAGUGUGCAGAACGUGACUCAGGGCGUGAAACAGAUGGGCCUGCGGGAGCAGGAGCUUCACGACAUGGAGGUGGCCAGAAGGCUGCAGGAAGAGGAGCUGAAGGCUAGUCUGGCUGACUCAAGGGCGGCCCAAGUCGCACAGGAUGAGGAAAUCGCUCGGAUGCUGAUGGAAAAGGAGAAGAAGAAGGCUUGCAAGUCAUCCAAAAAGUGGGGGAGGAAAAACCCGGACGGAGAGUGGAGGGCAGGUUCAGAGGUGGUAAAGCCCAGCUCUAAGGAAGACUACGAGCACCAGAGGUCCCAGAGCCUGAAACCAGCCAGACCACCUCCACCAAUGCACAACUAUGAAAACGAGUCCGGCUCCCUCCGUGCCCCCACCCGACCAGAACCCACGUACAGAGGCUCCCUUCACAAGCACUGAACAUGCUGCCAUUUCAUUUUUUUAUGAUCAUGCCUUUUUAAUUAUGUUUUAUUUUAAUUUAAUACUGGAAACAUGGAAUGUUUUUUUUACCCCUGGAAACCUUUGAGAAAUUUGAAAUGAUUUUUUUUUAUUUCCUGCCACGCUUUGAGUAUGAAGAGAGCCAUUAAGUAUUAUUUGUCACCUUUUUAGAUUAAGUGUGGUAUGCUGUCACUGUUCUGUCCAUACACAGUUCAAAGGGAAGAGGAAAAUUGGGAACUUUGAAUCCCUAUUUGUGUGUGUGUCUGUGCCACACGAUGAGGAUAUGGACACGGGGUACCAUCACUGGAUGUGCGAGUCACAUGAUGUGUGACAUCACUCCUCGCCACUAUUAGUGGAAAAUGAGUUUGUCCUGAGGGCGGUCACUCUGUCUGACACUUAGCAUAGCCAAGGGCAGGCUUUGCAAAGGACCAGAACAUUCAUGGCUCGCCGGUGUCAUCGCACCAGAAUGACACUGCCACUUUCAGGAAUAUCACGCAUUUCUCCUAGUGGACUGACUGACUUUCUUUAGAAGUGGUGAAACGGCAUGUGGACUUGGUCUGAACCUUUUCUCUGUUCCCUGGCCCUGAUUUACCUCUGAACUGGUGGAAGCGACUCUUCUCUGGGACUACAAUAAUGGCUACAUUCUGCUGGUCUUCAGGAUGACGCGUGGCUGAGUAAUUUCAUAACGUGUAAACGUACGGGUUUUUUAUGGCUUUCCAGUAUUUCUCAGAUUUCCCCCUGGAUGGUCUUGAUGCCAUGGCUCAAGUUGGAACCAGCUUUAAGCUAUUUAAUUGUGGUGUUUCUCAUAUUCCUUUAAAAAAAAAAAAAAAAAUGUUUUCAUUUAUAUGAUUUUAACCUAACUGAGGAACAUUCGCAGGGAACUACCUUGGGUGAUAUACCUGUAGAAAUGAGCUGUCCUGUUGCUUACAUAUCCAGACUGUGGUGCCAUAUGUGACCCUGUAUGUUUUGCAUAUGCCAUGCGAUGUAGUUUUAUGUGGGGAGAUGGCAUUCCUAUAGUGAUUACAUACUGAUUUAUCAUGACUGGAAAUACAUGGUUUGACACCAUCGUUCGCUCAUUGGCUAUGGUACAGUGGCUCCACAGCCGACUGUCUACCAACCAAGGGAGAGAGAAUAUGGGGCUGGACCGCUUCACUAGUCAGCGGAGAACUGCUCAUCAGCAAGCACUUAGCAGUGGUACCAGACUCCUUCCCUUGAGGGCUGUAGUGUCUGCUGGUUAUUAAACUGCUCCUAAGUAGCCAGAAUGGGUUAAAUGCAGACGACAGAUUACCCCACAGAGUUUUAUAGAGUAUAUCUAAUCUAUUUUUUUUGUGUAAUUAAAUGACAUUAAUUGAAGUCAAUGAUUGGCUAACAAGUCUGCACACAUUAUUUCCAAGGCCUUAAUUGGUGGCUGACUGAAGGGAAACCACAAAAUCCUGCAGACACUGUGGCCCUCCUGGGCUUACGUUUGUCUUAUGUGGCAUAUUGAGAAAAUCUUUUCAAGCUUUUCAUGUGACUUCAUGCAAAACAGUCAAGCCCAUGUACCUUUUUUCCCCUAUCAGAUUAUUGUAUAUGGAAGUUUUCCUUUGCAAUUAUUAGGUUAAAUUUUGUGAGUCAAUACAUUCACAAGUUCUGUCCUUCAUGUGUUUGUGUAUUAAAAACUCAUUUAUACACUU